UAUGUAGCUCCUGAAGUAUUAAGAGGUAAACCUUAUACUCAAGCAGCAGAUAUAUAUAGUUUUGGUAUGAUCAUGUAUUUUACAGCGACUGAAAGACAACCUUUCUCCAAUUGUGCACAUGAUCAUCUUCUAGUAUUAGAUAUAUGCAAAGGAAUUAGACCUGAAAUAAAUGAGCCAGAAGCACCUGGAUUUUAUAUUGAUUUGAUGAAAAAGUGUUGGGAUUUAAAUCCUGUCAAUAGACCGAAUAUUGCUGAAAUAGAAAAAACCAUU